UUCAUUCAUGCGAAACUCCUUGCGCGCAGUUGUCAUCUGGAUAUUUGGAGGCCAUCAACCCUAUCCUAACGCAAUGCAGGACAAUUGUCCAGAGACGACCAGCUUCAUCCGGGUUCAUCCCUCCAUCGUCUUCUUCUGUGUGCUGCUAGUGGUUGUAGGGAUCCCAGGGAACUGUCUCAUCCUCUUCAUCUACACCAAGAAGAUCAACAUCCAUAUCAUCAGCUUCUUCAUCAAGAUCCUUGCUAUUCUCAACCUUGUGAGCACGUUAUGUCUGUUACCCGCUCUUGUGUUAUUCAAAAUGAAUAUCGAAGAAGCAUUUUUCUCCAAAUGGUUUUCUGUUGGGCAAAGUUUCUUUGUUUUCAACACGGGCCUGUUUUACGUGACCAUUGCUAUUCAAAGAUACAAAAAGAUUUUUAAAGAUCAGCAGUCACAGAUUAAUGCCUCUGUGGCAAAGAAGAUACUUUUGGGUUGUGUCCUCAUUUCUGUUCUUUCAUGCACGACACAUGCGUUGCUAAUAAAGGUCAACUAUACUGUUGCGAACGCAACAGUUGGAAUAACUGACUGUUUGAUAAACAUUACGUAUAAUGACUUCACUGAAUAUGCAAAAACAUAUUACCUUGCCACAAUAUACGCAUAAUGGUUACUACUCGAGCUCACUGCCAUUGUUGUGUCUCUCACAGUGCUGUAUUCGUUAAUUGGAAAGCACAUAGCAGCUCACAAACGUCAAAUGUCAAGGUACUCUGUGUCAAGUCAAGGUCACACGAAGCUUUCCAACCCCACCGCCAUGUUCUUCACGCUGACCAUGAUAUUCCUCCUGAGUGUUGCUCCGAGGUUGGCGCUUGCUAUAUAUACACUACAAACCACCAACCAUUCUCAUUACUCGCAAUCAGUUCACCAUGUGAGGGACGUGAUACUCAUGUUGCCCUUCAGCAGUUGUAUAGUCAACCCUUUCGUCUAUGGUUUCACAUCAAAGGUGUUCCGACAGCACCUUGUGUCUCUCUUUUGUGCUUGCAAUGGUAGGAAAGAGUCGACACCACCACCAUCGCCAACCGAGCGAACACAAGAAUCCGUGUUGUAGAGUACCGAUGAGACUUUGUGAAAAGCAAACCAAGUUAAGGACAAAUGUAAAGCCGCGUCAGAACUCGCCCGUCCAGAGUGGGAUGUUGGAGGUGCGAGGCUAGUUGCUGGAGGCAUAAGUGAAUCAGUGCGUGACGCAUCAGCGACAACAGGAGAUCAAGCAGCAGCUGAAGCAGCUCCAGAAAGAGGAAAUGUUUCGAAAAGAAGGAGGUCUUGAUUCGCUGGAACAUAAUAUGGCUAAGUUACCUUCAGCGAGGCUAUCGGUUUACCCCCUUUAGAUUCCUAUAACUAUUAUAUGGGCCACCUUUCUUGGAUAUAAAACGUCAACGUCAGAGAAUAACCAGUUUCGAUUAUUCCAUUGGGCGUUAAAGGCAAAUAGCAAUGAAAAUUCUAUGAAUGGAUCACUGAAAAUCACUGACGACACCUGGUGUUGGCAAAGGGUAAAGACAUUCACACAGUCACUCAAUGGUUCCAGACACUCAGUUAUGUCCAUAAUGUGUUGUCAAACAUGUAAGUCAAACAAAGGGAGAUGCGACCAACAUCAAAACAUCAUAGACCACGAAUGCAU